AUGCUGCGGCUUUUCGUGGAGUCAGCCAAGAUUAACCCGCCCCUAGUCCCCACACCCAGAUCCUGCUUGUUCGUCAACUUCAGAGACAUCAAAAAGAGAACUCUUGUGGUGGAAGGGAAUGACCCCAUAUGGAAUGAGACCCUAAUCUGGCACCUCUGGAACCAGCCCCUGGAAAAUGACUCCUUUCUACAAGUCAUCCUUCAGGACAUGGGCUCCACAAAGAGAGGAAGGUUCAUUGGCCUGGCCACAGUACAGCUCAAGCCGUUGGUGAGAGAACCAAGAAAGAUCCUUUUUGUGAAGGACUUGACCCUGCUCAACCAUUCCAUGGAUUCCACAGAUUGUACUGUCAGCCUACAGGUGGCCCAUAUGACCAACCAGGAUAUUAAGAAAACAGUGGAUGAAGACCGCCUGGGCAUAACAACAAGAGAGGCCGCCAGGCAGAAACUGAUGCUUCCCAGCUCCACCACCAGGCACACGGCUCAGUCCUCAAAGCCUCAACACUUCCAGGUUCGAGUGAGGGUGUUUGAAGCCCGUCACCUCCUGGGCAACAACAUCAAGCCGGUGGUGAAGGUGUCUAUUGGAGGCAAACGGCACCAGACUCGAAUCAAGACGGGGAACAACCCAUUCUUUGAUGAGCUCUUCUUCCAGAAUUUUUAUGAGAUUCCUGCACAGUUCUUUGAAGAGAUCAUCUUAAUCAAGGUGGUGAACUCCGCAGUGAUGAGAUACAAAGCAGAGAUCGGGAGAUUCCAAACAGAUAUUGGGUUUGUCUACCAUUCCCCAGGUCACAUACUCCUAAGGAAAUGGUUAGGCCUCUGCCAGCCAGAUAAACCCGACAGUGGCAUGACAGGCUACCUGAAAGUCACCAUCUGUGCUCUUGGUGUGGGAGACCAGGCCCCGGUAGAUCAAAAGCUGCCCUACAGGGAUGACACCAAUAUUCAGAUCUUCAAGUCAACGGUUCCGAUCUCCGUGGCUUACUUACAGUUCUUCAUCUACUGCGCAGAGGACCUUCAUCUCACAAAACACCAGUUAUUGAAUCCUGUGUUGGAGGUGGAACUAAUUGGUGAAAAGCUCAGGACCUUCGUACAGGCCCCAAGCGACAACCCAAUAUGGAACCAGAUCCUGACCUUCCGGAUCCAGCUGCCCUGCCUCUCCAGCUACAUCAAGUUCAGAGUCUUGGACUGUACCAGGAAGGAUUGCCAGGAGGAGAUUGGUACUGCCAACCUGUUCCUCAACCAGAUCUCAUCCUCUGGAGAAGAGAUAGAAGGAGUGUUCGCUGGCUUCCUACCCUGCUUUGGCCCCAGCUUCCUGGUUCUCCACGGAGGUAAAAAGGCCCCUCUCAGGAUCCAGGAAGAAGGCAUUGUUAUUCCCGACUCUGUUAAGAAUGGUUUAGCUUAUCGAGGCCGAGUCUUCCUGGAGUUAAUCACCAAAAUCAAAUUCCAUAAAGAUUCUUGGAUAAGGGAUCUCUCCCAUGAAGUGACCAGGAUAGAGAAGCACCAGAAUCGUCAAAAGUAUGGGCUGUGUGUCAUCUUCCUCUCCUGUACCAUGAUGCCUGACUUUAAGGACCUGAUCCAGUUUGAGGUCAGCAUCGGCCACUAUGGAAACAAGUUGGACCUGAAUUACAAGCCUCUAGUCUCAACUACACAGUACUGCCCAGUGAUAUAUGAUGGGAACAUCUAUCAUUAUGUGCCCUGGUACAACACCAAGCCUGUUGUGGCUGUGACCUCCAGCUGGGAGGACGUCAGCUUCCGCAUAAACUGCCUCAACCUCCUCUACUUCACUCGGGACCGCCUAAAAGCCAAUCUGGACACCCUGAAAUCCAUGCGGAAUCCAAAGGAUCCAGCACUGCUCCACCAGUGGGAGAAACUUCUGAAGGAGCUGGUAGAGGACUGCAAGCGCCCUCUGCCCUGCAUGAUCAGUCGGCCCGCAGCCACCAACCUGGACAGGAAGAGGUGGCAGCUCCGUAGCCACCUCCUGAAGGAACUCGCCCAAAAGGCCAAGAAGGCUGAGCCCAGGGACAUGGUGGCCACCGUGGAGGGCUGGCUGUACCACCUCAAUGCUGUGCUCCCUGAGCCCCAGAUCAGCCUUCCAGAUGUGAUGAUCUGGCUGAUGGCCAAAGAGCAGCGUGUGGCCUAUGCACAGGUGCCCGCCCAUUCCAUCCUGUUCUCCCCAGCAGGGGCCUUGUAUUCUGGCAAGUUCUGUGGGAGAAUACAGACACUCCUCUUACAGUACCCAGAGGGUGAAGGACAGAAGAACAUCCUACCAGCCCACCUCCGGGUCUGCAUGUGGUUCGGCAAUAUCACAGAUAGCAAGGAUCUGCAACUGCUCCGCCAGGGCAACAUGAUGGUGUAUGCAGAGACAUACGAGAAUCAGGCCAAGUACAAAGAUGAGUGGGGGCUGCAGGGGCUACACCGCUGCCCCAACUUCUCAGAUGUCAUGGGGAAUAAGGCCCUUCCCAAGACGGAUUUCCAGCCACCCCCAGGAUGGCAUUGGAAGGGCAACUGGAUAGUGGAACCUCAGAGGAGACUCCUCCUGGACACAGACAUCAACAAGAGCCAGGUGCUGGAGGAGGUGUACGAGAACCAGGUUCGUGACGGCAAAGGUGCCUGGGUAUCUGCUGCCAUCCCAAACACAGACGUGAAUGGACAGCCCGUGGAGGCCCGGGAGAAGGUGAAGUGUCCCCAAGGCUGGCACUUUAAGAAGAACUGGGUUGUGGAGCUGAACCUUGCGGUGGACAAUGAGGGCUGGGAGUAUGGAGUGGGAAUCCCGCCCUCGGGCCUGCCCCAGGUCUGGAACCCAGUGGAGAAGACUUAUCACUCCUGCCGCCGCCGGCACUGGGUGCGCAUGCGCUUCAGGAACCACAGGGAGCUGGGCGGCGAGCAGGAGACCCUCUCCUUCCUGCAGGAGCACAAUCUGGCCAAGGGGGAAGAGGACGGCUGGGAGUAUGGCAUCUUCCGCUCCAAGUUCCUCCUGAACCCUCAGCCCCAGAGCCGGUUCCGCCGCCGCUGCUGGCAUCGCAGUCUGGCCCCUGACACAGACAAGGGUGUUGCACCCAUAUUCCUCCUGGAGGGGUCUUUGGCUAUGGAUUUGAAAGAGCGUCCUAGGAAGGAAGAGGAAGGCAGCAAAACGUGGUUCAGCUCCUGGAGGCGUGUCCCAGAGAACACCCGGCCCCCCGACCUGCCCUUCAUCUACUGCAUCUUCAACAAACCCUACUAUUACCAGCUUUUCUGCUACAUCUACCAGGCCCGGAACCUGACAUCCAACCAGAUUCCAACAUUCCAAGAGCCCUUCAUUCGAGUGGUCUUCUUAAACCAUAGCCAGUGCACCCAAACUCUGAAGAGCUCAGCAGGCCCUACAUGGGCCCAGACGCUCAUCUUCCAGCAUCUUCUUCUGUAUGAGAACCCCCAGGACACCAAAGAGAGCCCACCACUUGUGGUACUGGAACUGUGGCAGCACAACUCCUGGGGCAAGGAGAGUUUGUGGGGACGGAGUAUGUGGUCCCCAGUGGUCUGGCUGGAUCUCCACGACCGGAACCUGCCCCCCAUGAAUUGGCACCCCAUUGUAAACGAGCUAGGGUCAGCAGAGGGAGAGAUCUUGGCAUCCUGUGAGCUGAUCCUUGAAACUGAGAGCCUCAGAGAGAAGCAGCUGCCAAUCUUGAGUGUUCCCUGGAGGAAUGGGGUCUACAUACUCCCCAAGAGCAUCCAGCCCAUGCUAAAGAAGAUGGCCAUUGAGAUCUUGGCCUGGGGCCUUCGGAACAUGAAGGCGAGCUCCCCUCAGCUCCUUGUGGAAUUUGGGGAUGAGUCCCUGAGGACAGAAGCCAUCAGUAACUUCCAGACCAACCCCAACUUCCCUGAGUCCAUCUUCCUCCUUAUAGUGUAUAUGCCUACACAGGAGGCCUACGCACUGCCCCUCGUGGUGAAGGUGGUGGACAUUUGGCUCUUCGGCCAGCAGACUGUGGUGGGUCAAGCCAACAUCGACUUCCUCCAGCCCUAUUUCUGUGAUCCCUGGACUCAGGAUUACGUGCCCCCACAGCUUCCAAAGCUGUCUGUGAAGGAACAGAAAGGCAUGAAUAAGCAGGAAGGCUUCUUAGAGCAACUCUACAAAAAGUUCUUCUUCAAGUCCAGCACAACCAAGGAUGCAUAUGAGCACGAGGUGGAUUGGUGGAGCAAGCUUUUCUGGGCCACAGGAGAUGAGCACAAGUCCCCCAAGUACAAGUACAAAGACUAUCACACUCUAAAGGUUUAUGACUGUGAGCUAGAGGCUGUGCCAGCCUUCCAAGGCCUGCAGGACUUCUGCGAGACCUUUAAACUCUAUCAGGAGCAGCCCAAGUUGGACAGCCCUGUGGUAGGGGAGUUCAAGGGCCUUUUCCGCAUCUACCCCUUUCCUGAGAAUCCAGAAGCUCCCAAGCCCCCACACCAGUUCGUGGUUUGGCCUGAGAAAGAAAACUUCCCUCAGCUGUGCUUGGUGCGGGUAUACAUGGUUCGAGCCAUCAACCUGCAGCCCCAGGACUACAACGGCCUGUGUGAUUCCUAUGUGAUCCUGAAACUGGGGAAGACAGAGCUUGGCAACCGGGACAAGUACCAGCCCAACACUCUGGAUCCCAUCUUUGGCCAGAUGUUUGAACUCACCUGCAACAUCCCCCUGGAGAAGGACCUAGAGAUCCAGCUGUUUGACUUUGACCUAUUCUCACCUGAUGAUAAGAUCGGGACCACAGUCAUUGACCUCGAAAACCGUCUGCUGUCUGGCUUUGGAGCUCGUUGUGGGCUCUCCAAAUCCUACUGCCAGUCAGGGCCCUUUAAGUGGCGCGAUCAGAUGCCCCCAAGCUAUCUCCUGGAGCUCCAUGCCAAGCGGAAAGGUCUGCCUGCUCCUCUGUUCAACUCUGAGGAAGACUCUGUUAUUUACAACAAGAAAAAAUUCAAGCUGACAAGUUUUGAGCCCAAACCGCCUACUGUUCCUGGUUUGGGACCCAAGAAGGAACGCCUUGCACUAUACCUCCUGCAUACCCAGGGACUGGUCCCUGAGCAUGUGGAGACACGCACAUUGUACAGCGACAGCCAGCCAGGCAUCGACCAGGGAAAGGUACAAAUGUGGGUGGACAUCUUCCCUAAGAAGGUAGGGCCUCCUGGCCCCCAAGUUGACAUCAGCCCCAGAAAGCCUAAACGGUAUGAGCUACGCUGCAUCAUCUGGCAGACUGCCCAUGUGGACCUGGUGGAUAGCAAUUUAAGUGGACAGAAGUCGAGUGACAUCUAUGUCAAAGGGUGGUUAUACGGCCUAGAGGAAGACAUGCAGAAGACAGAUAUCCACUACCACUCCUUGGCUGGGGAGGGCAACUUCAACUGGCGGUUCAUCUUUACCAUGGACUACCUGGCAGCAGAGCGUGUGUGCAUCCACAGCCAGAAGGAAUACAUUUGGAGCCUGGACCCCACGUCAACGAAAUUCCCAGCCAGGCUCAUCAUCCAGGUCUGGGACAAUGACAUCUUCUCCCCUGAUGACUUCCUAGGGGUCCUGGAGCUGGAUUUGUCUGACAUGCCCUUCCCUGCUCGGCACGCCCACCAGUGUUCCAUCAGUAUGAUGGAUCCUGACUCCAAGUGGCCCCAUUUCCUCCAACACAAGUACUUCUCCCUCUUUAAGAAGAAGAUUGUAACUGGCUGGUGGCCUUGCCAGGUCCUCGAUGAAGGCAAAUGGCGCUUAUCGGGUAAAGUAAAGAUGACUCUUGAGAUUCUGUCACAGAAGGAAGCUUUAAUCAAGCCAGCUGGGAGAGGCCAGUCAGAACCCAACCAGUACCCUACACUUCAUCCUCCAAUACGCGCUGAGAACACUCUCAUGUGGCUGCGGUCACCUAUUCUAAACUUCUGCCGUGCUUUCUGCAAACGCUACCGCUUCAAAAUCAUAGCCUUGCUGGUCAUAGUGCUUACAGCACUUCUGCUGUUCAACUUUAUGUAUUCAACUCCGCACUAUUUGGCCAUGAGGUGGAUCAAACCUGAACUUCGGCUAUAUCCUCCCAUUAAAAUAGUAAACAUCAUAACCCCACUAAACUCCAGCAAUGCCAACUCUUCCAUCUUCCAAACAUCAGAUCUGAACUUAACAACAGACCAUGGGUUGAAACUCAGAGACCCAAGAAUCACCUGAGUGAUAUAUUCCCAGAACUUCCAGCUCUAAUUCUCCCAUGUUUGCCUAGCUUUUUGCCCCUGUCAUUGGGUUUCCUAUCAGUUCCUUGUUUCUGUCUUUGGGACAUAAGCAAGGAGCUAGAGAUA